AUGCCCGCCCGAGACCCGAACGCCUCGCCCCUCGCCCCCUCCACCCUCCCCAACCACCCCGCCUCGCCCACCUCCUCCCACUACUCGUCCAUCCUCUCCCCCCCAGGCACAUCUGGAUUCUCCACCCGCACCCACCAGUCCUUCUCUGGCGGCCUCUCCAGCCCCCCCACCCCCGAGCAGCAGCAGCAGCAGAAUAACGGCUACUUUGCCCAAGCACUCCGCCGUGUCAGUGGAGGUGCUGCCUCUGGGGCGCUCCCUAAGAUGGAUGCGGGCAGCUUGAGUGGGCAAGAGAUAGCUGCUGCAGGAUCCAGUGGCUGGGAAGACCAUAGUUUCCAUACGCAUGUUGGCUCGACUACUUCCCAAGCGAUCAGAGACUCGACCGCCCGCCUCGCAUCCAUGUCCUACUCCUCCCGCCCUCGAGCGUAUUCCUCGACGUCGGGGGGAGGAGACAGCUCAUUCCCGCUCCACCCAUCUCAGAGCACGCCCCACUCGAGACAUGGCUCUGUCAACCCGUCUUCCUUCCGCGAACACCGCCCAGUCCACCCCAGCCACCUGAACCCAGCAGCUCAGAAGGGCGGUCCUACCCCCGUGCCGGAGGUGGACGAGGUGGCCGAUUUCUCACCGCCCAAGACCGCCCAAGGCGUUCCCGCGUCUCCUUACGGCAAUGCCCAGUCUGGGCUCAGUAUGAUGCUCAAGCGGGAUAACGAAGACCGUCGGGUGAAGGGCCUUGGAGAGUCGGUCUCUCCAGAGAAUAGGGGCUAUGGCGCGACGGCCACCAGUAAUGAGGAGGAUCUUUCUGGUGAGCGUACGCCCAUGCCGAGAAAGACGCCCCUCGCAGAGCUUCCUCCUCCAAUCGAUACGCCUGAUACAGAAAUCCCCCAUGCCGCAUCAGAGAGCUCUCUCCGGCGAUACCUCGAAGCCGGCCAGGGCGAACUGGGGCAGUCUCACGACGAAAGCUCGCCGCUGCUCGGAGGCGAGAGAAAACCCAGAUCAUGGGGUGGAGAGGUAUUGGCCAAUAUUGGGCAGUUGAAGAGCCAGGCUGGCAAGUUGACGGCCAAGGAUGUCGUACAGGGGGCUGUCAUCGAACCCAUCAAGACUCUGCCGUCUGUCAUUUUGGGUCUCUUGCUCAACGUCUUGGACGGUGUGAGUUAUGGUAUGAUCUUGUUUCCCGCAACUCCCGUCUUUGCAGACUAUGGCUCUCUUGGUGUAUCCAUGUUCUUCAUGUCAUGUGUUGUGUCGCAACUCGUUUUUUCUCUUGGUGGAAGUAUCUUCCCUGGCGGUAACGGCUCCAUGAUGAUUGAAGCUGUGCCCUUCUUUCACAUUCUGGUCACCACAUUCGAGCAAGUUAUUGGAGACGACGACAAGGCUAUCGUCGCCACGACCAUGGCCGCUUUCGCCUUUAGCUCAAUCCUGACCGGUCUCGUCUUUUUUGCCCUUGGUGCUUUCAAGCUCGGCGGCCUGAUUGGGUAUUUCCCGAGACACAUCUUGGUCGGAUGCAUCGGCGGUGUCGGCGUCUUUUUGAUCGAGACUGGACUCCAAGUCUCUCGCGGUCUCAAAGAAGAAGGCUUUGAAUACAACCUCGCCACCCUCAAACUCUUCUUCCAAUCCGGCCACGCCAUCGCCAUCUGGACCAUCCCCCUCUUCCUCGCCAUCCUCCUCCGCAUCAUCACCCACUUUUUCCACCACCAACUCAUCUUCCCCGCCUACUUUUUCAUCAUCCCCAUCAUCUUUUACAUUGUCGUCGCCAUUGGCGGGUGGGAGAUUCAGCAUUUGAGGCAGACGGGGUGGGUGUUUGACGUGGGAAGUAAUACGCAGGCGUGGUGGAAGUUUUAUACGCUGUUUGACUUGCGUAAGACGCAUUGGGAGGCUUUCUGGGCUGCUAUGCCGACGCAGCUCGCGUUGGUUUUCUUUGGGAUCCUCCACGUACCGCUCAAUGUCCCCGCUCUCGGUGUAUCGUUGGGCGAGGAUAAUGUCAAGCUUGAUAGGGAACUCGUCGCGCAUGGAGCGUCUAAUGUCAUUGCUGGUCUGACCGGGACUGUACCGAACUACCUGACCUAUGUCAACACUGUUCUCUUCUAUCGAGUUGGAGGCGGGUCGCGAUUGUCGGGUCUGAUGCUUGCGGCGGCUACAACGGCUGUUAUGAUGAUUGGUCCUGCUGUCAUUGCUACUCUCCCCGUCAUGGUGGUCGGAGCUCUCAUCUUUGUGCUCGGUAUCGACUUGGUGAUCGAGGCAGUUUGGGACACCCGACACCGCGUCAACAAGAUGGAAUACGUUACUAUCUGGGCUAUCACCAUCGGCAUGACCAUCUUUGACUUUGUGAUCGGUCUGCUCUUUGGGAUCAUCCUUGCGUGCAUCUUUUUCGUCGUCCAGAGCUCUAGGCGCCGGGCUAUCAGGGCGGUGUUUAAUGGAUCUACGGCGAGGUCGACUGUUCGAAGGCCCAAGUGGCAGAGGUCGUUCAUACAGCAAGUCGGUUCUCAGACUUAUGUCAUGAAGCUGCAAGGUUUCUUAUUCUUCGGUACGAUUACCACAGUGGAAGACGAAAUCCGCAAACUCCUCGACCUCGCCAAAUGGCAACACAACCCCAUCCGUUUCCUCAUCAUCGACUUUACCCUCGUCCACGGCCUCGACUUUUCCUCCGCCGAGGCCUUUGUCCGUGUGCAAAGACUCCUGGCGGUCAAGGAUGUGUUGAUGAUUAUGUGUGGGGCGAAACCGGAUGGGCUUGUGGGGACUGCGUUGAGAGGGGUGGACCUUUGGGCGGAUAGAGAGGGGACGAGGGUGGAGGUGUUUGAUGCGUUGAAUGAUGCGCUGGAGUGGACUGAGAAUGCUUAUCUGACUGCGUACUUUGAGAAUCAGAGACUUAUUGAAUGCGAAGCGUCUACCAGAGUCAUCGACUUUCCGACUGUCGCCAAGCCUCCAUUCUCCCUGGCCGAGUCGUUCCAGAACAGUCCUAGGCGAAGUCAUCUGGUCAAGGCUGGUGGAGAUGUCCUUCCUCAAUCCAACUAUCCCAAACAAACUCAAGAAACCUCCUCACCCGAAUCUGAAGACCCGCUCGCCCAGCCCGUGCCAUGCCUCCUCCAGACAUUCGGCGACUACUCGAGCUCUUCCAUCACCCCAUCCUUCUGCUCUUCCAUCGCUCCCUACUUUGUGCGUUCUUGCAUCUUGUCCGGAGACACCCUCUGGUCGCAAGGUGAACCCGCCGACGGCUUGUAUGUCAUCGAGACUGGCUGUCUGCGGGCGACGUACGAGUACCACCAGACGACCAACUUGAUUCAAGAAACGAUGGUGGCCGGGUCUAUUGCAGGUGACCUGAGUACGUUGAGCGAGACGACGAGGAAUGCGACGGUGGUCGCGGAACGGGACUCGGUGUUGUGGAAGCUGGAGAGGAAGGCGUUGGAGAGGCUUGCAAAGGAUGAGCCGGAGGUGGCGAGGGCGUUUAUCCGGAUCGUGCUCAAGGGUGUUGCGGAGGAGCAGGACGUCUUGUCUUCUCAUUUGAUUGCCGUCUUGUCAUGA